AUGGCUAAGAGUGACUCGGUCUACAGUGAGGAGCAUGAUAUGGUCAACAGAAGUGAUGAUCAGCAAACAAAGAAAGAGAUCAAGUCCUUGCAAGAGAAGAUGGUCUUGCUUCUUUCCAACCAAGCUAAGAAAGAGCAGAUGAACUUUGUGGGUGGUCCUAUUCAAGAGGGUCCUCCCAAGAUCAAUGAGGUUGAUGAGCCUAACUUUCAGUACAACAACUACCAGCAAAGGUCCUACUCUAACAACCGGCAAGGAGGAUACCAGCAGAAGCAAAACACUCAGCAAGGGAGCUAUCAGCCUAGGCAAAACACUCCUCCUGGUUUCAACAAUAACAACAAUCAGUCUACUCAGGUUCAAGGAAGUUCUUCCCAAGCUCCAGCUUCAUAUACAAGUGUGGAUGCAAUGUUCAAGAAACUUUUGGAUUUUCAGCCAAGUCGCCAACAAGGGGCAUUACCUGGAAAUCCAGAGCAAAAUCCCAAGGAAACAAUGAAAGCAAUCACCCUACGGAGUGGUAGAGAGUUACCUCCAAGAAUUCUCACCAAGGAUGGUGAAAAUCAAGGUGGGGAGGUGGCUAUCAACAUUGAUGAUGAAGUGGUGAUUGUAGAUGAGAAGGUUGAUGAAGAAAUUCUAGAAAAGAUUGUUGAAGCUAAGGGUAAAGGAAAGGUUGGAGAAGAGAAGAGGACAGUGAAACAUGGUGAAACUGCUACUCCAACAAAGAAAUCCUCUUUUAUUCCUCCUCCUUAUGAGCCAAAGCUACCAUUCCCUGGGAGAUUCAAAAGACAGCUAUUGGAGAAGUACAAGGCACUCUUUGAGAAACAAAUGAGUGAAAUUCAGGUCACAAUGCCCAUCAUUGAUGCUUUUAUGUUGGCCCCUCAGUACAACAAAUUCUUGAAAUAUGUUGUAGCUGCAAAGAAAAAAGAGAUGGAGGGCAUGAUGAUCCUUACCCACGAGUGCAAUGCCAUUAUCCAGAGUGUUAGCUUGAUGCCUUUGUCUAUUGCAAAGAAGCUUGGAUUUACUCAAUGCAAGAAGUGUAAACUCUCUUUGGUGUUGGCUGAUAGAUCAGUGAAGAUUCCUGUUGGUAUCUUAGAAGACCUUCCCUUGAUGGAUGGUAACUUUGAGAUCCCUACUGAUUUUGUUGUGUUGGAGAUGGAGGAGGAAACCCAAGACCUUUUGAUCCUUGAAAGACUAUUCUUAGCCACAACAGGAGCUAUUGUGAAUGUUAGACAAGGAAAGAUUGAUCUACAUCUUGGACAAGGGAAAAUCCUCCACUUUGACAUCAAUGAAGUGAUGAAGAAGCCAACAAUUCAGAACCAAGUUUUCUACAUUGAUGAAAUGGAUGCUCUAGCUGAUGAGCUUCUAGAGGAGUUGGCACUUGAAGACUCUCUACAGCAUGCCUUAACAAUUGAGAGAGAAGUCCAAGUGAUAGAGAACAAGGAAAGUGAUGUCUAUGUGAGGAUGCUGGACAUCAAAGAAGGUUGA